AUACUCAAACCACAGAGUAGUGUUGUAGUUUUUAAACUGAAAUUUCAAUAAGCAUUCAAAUUAAAAAAAACAAUAUGUAUUACCGGAGUCCCAUUGAUUUAUUUUUAAUUUCAACAUAUGUAAUGUUCUACUGCUUAGGUUCCCUCAACUGUGAUAAUAUUAAAAGUAUUAAUUUACCUGAAGAACUAUUACCUUAUUAUUUCAGCCAAUUCCCAUCAAUUUCAAGUGAAUGUGAGAAAGAUGAUAACUGCCCUUAUAAAAAAUUCAUAGGAAGUAAUAAAUGUUGGGGUUAUGAAUCAAAUUGUUCCCAUGCUCGUCAGUAUUCAAUACCUAGGUGCCCAGGAGACCAUCGAGGCUGGGUGAAAUCGAAAUUUGAUCAACAGAAUACAUUUUAUUAUCAGGCUGAUUUUGGAUAUGUGAAACAACAAUUAGAAGGAAUGAGGCUUUAUUGUGAGCCACUCUUCAUUGACGACAGUUCUCUAGAAUGUACAGAAAAUUUGAGGUUUUGUCGUGGAAGAAAUAUCAUGAUAGAUUUCACAUCAUUAUCAAAAAGGAAUGAACCUAUUAGGUAUAAAAUGGAUGUUUUAUCGGAUGGUGAUAUAGGAGGAUAUUGUGAAUUCAAAAAAGAAUUAUUGGAUAAACAACUGGAUCAUAUGAGUCCGUUACAGAGUUGGGCACCUGAAUUCAGGUAUUUCACUAGGCUUAAACAUAAACCUAUCAUAGAAGGAGACUGUGAUGUUAUUUUAGAAAAACCCACAUAUAUUUUGAAGAUUGAUGCUACAGUUAAUAUGUACCACCAUUUUUGUGAUUUCCUGAAUCUCUAUGCAUCCUUGCAUGUCAACGCGAGUCAUUGGAGUGCUUUUUCAACAGAUGUUCACAUAUUAAUUUGGGAGACUUACACAUACAGAUCCUCAUUUCAAGACACUUGGAAAGCCUUUACAGAUCAUCCAGUUUGGGAUUUGAAAGUUUUCAAAGGAAAAAAAGUAUGCUUCAGAAAUGUUGUGUUCCCUUUAUUGCCUAGAAUGAUAUUCGGGCUUUAUUAUAACACACCCAUAAUUUAUGGUUGUGAAGGAAGCGGACUCUUUAAUGCUUUCUCAAAACACAUCUUGCAUAGAUUGAAAAUUCCAUUCAACGAAAGAUCUAGCAGAAGAAUAAGGAUUACAUUUUUGUCAAGAGACACGAGAUAUAGAAGAAUACUUAACGAGGAUGAGAUAGUGACAAGAUUGAACAAAAACAGAAAUUAUGAAGUUUUGAAAAUAAGUUACAACCAACAUGUACCUUUUAAAACGCAAUUAGAAAUUACAAGAAAUACUGAUAUAUUUAUAGGAAUCCACGGGGCUGGUUUGACCCAUCUUUUAUUCCUCCCAGAGUGGGCUGCUGUUUUUGAAGUUUAUAACUGCGAAGAUCCAAAUUGCUAUUUAGAUUUAGCGAGAUUGGCAGGUGUAAAAUAUUUCACUUGGACUAACACAUCACUGUUAGAAACAGUAAAUGAUGGUUCUUAUGAAGGUGGGGCUCAUGCAAAAUUUGUUAAUUAUUAUUUCGAUGUAUCAGAAUUUUUGAACAUUGUUGAAAAAGCUGCUAAGCAUGUUAAGAAUCACCCAUCCUUUAUAAAGCUUUUUGAAGAUACUGCCCACAGUCACGAGGACCUCUGAAUUGCCAUAAUGUGAGUAAAAUUCUUAUAAACUUUUAAUUUCUGUACUAAGAAUCUAAUUUCAAUGAUACCAGAUGUUUUUGUUCUCAUUUUCACAUGUUUAGAAGUUCAUUUUUGUAGACAUGGCUGAAAUAAUUUUCAUUGUAUUGAGAUUUUUCCCGAUAGAUCUGUUAGGCAUAUAAAAUUCUCAUAGUUGUAUGUCACUACUGUUGAUAUAUAUUAUUUUUAUUGAUGACUAUUUCAGAAAAAAAUGUAAUUCAGAAUGAAUGAAUUGAAACUGCUUUUAUUAAAACAAUAUUUAAUAAAUCUUAAUCAUUUGAUGAAAA